AUGACGGCAACCGUGCCUUCCGUGCCGCCUUUGCCGGAUCAACAAGACAUUGCUGAAUUCAGCUAUACAAAUGACAAGGUAAUCCUGCCCUCGGCAUCAACUCACAUCAGACUUCUCGAACUCUAUCCAUCGACACACGGAUUUGACGCCGCAUCCGCAUCCGCGUCCGGGGCACCCAGUAAUACAGACGAAGGUGAUUCUGACAACGCGUCGUCUCACUACUCGAGCCCUCUCAGAUGCGCCCUCUCGACGACCCCGAUCGCCACGCCGCGGCUAUACAAAGCGCUGUCAUACACCUGGGCAACUCACAGCAUUGACAUCGAGGGUGCGAGCCUGCUCAUCACGGCCUCGCUCGACACGGCGCUGCGACACAUUCGUCGUAAAGAUGAGCUUGUCACGCUCUGGAUCGACCAGAUCUGCAUCAACCAGGAGGAUGGUGCGGAGAAGGGAAAUCAGGUGGCCCUCAUGACCCAGAUCUACACCAAAGCGGAACAGGUUAUCGUCUGGCUGGGUCCGGCAGAGAACAACUCCGAUACCCUUAUGGAUAUUAUGAGAAACGAGAACCCAGAAGACCCAGUGACUAUGCAAUACCAGCCUCUAAUGGCCAAAGCCGUGGCCAAGUUCAAACUCCUCUUAAGCGAGAUGAUCGCCUGGAACGAGAGAUUGUGGUUCACUCGGGUCUGGAUCAUCCAAGAGCAAGCUCUUGGUUCCGACCCAUUCUUCCUCUGCGGCUAUAAGACAGUAAGACUGGACCUGAUCCCUUUCGCUACCCUCGUCUGGGACGGGUGCAUAUCAGUGCUCAGCGUGCCGACUGAAACCAGCGAGUUUAGGCAGCUUCUGCUCAAGGCCCAGCAACGUCGUUUGAGUCCUUUGAUGUCCCUGAGACGUAGGCGGCGGAACUUUUUCAAGGGCCUAGGCCCGGGAGAUGACUUUUAUUACGUCUUGAAGAAGGCGUACGUCGAUGGGGACGCCCAAGUGACAAGACUUCGAGACAGAAUCUACGGGUUGCUCAGUAUUGCCAAUGAUGCGGAUAGACUGGGGAUUACUCCAGACUAUGUCACCGAGGAUAGCCGGCCUACCUUCAUCGACGCAGCUUGUGCUCUUAUUCGUGUCGGCCGUGUAGAGAUGCUCUCAUUCUCACAGUUCCCAAAGGACAUUGAAGGGCUCCCAUCUUGGGUUCCUGAGUGGAGGCCGACGUUAGAGCAUUCUUACUUGUACGCUUUCGAGGAUGCAGACCAGCGCAUUUUGCAGGCUUCAGGCGAGACCUCGACUGAGCUUGUGCCCACGGACGACCGCGGCGUGCUCGGGAUUCGUGGUAUCAUUGUUGACACCAUCGAAACAACAGGCGACGCGUGGAGGUGGGAACAAGGUCGAGAAUGCCGCUACAAGCUUCUCCAGACGAUCAAUACCUUGUGUGAGGAGGCAGCUGCAAAGGGAUUUAGCCACGAGAUUUACGAAAAUAGUGACAGACAGGCGGAAGCCAUGUGGCGGGUACCCGUGGCAGAUCUGUAUUGGAACGAAGGGGCUGUCUACAGGUACCAACGACCCGAUCCAGCCGUCAGAAGCGACUACGAGGACUGCAUGCAUUGCCACAAGAUGCUCUCUCUGACGUUCGAGGUCUUUCCCCCAGAGGAACGCCAGCAGCUUUUGGACGAUUUCAGCAGACGAAUUCCGGGGCAGUCCAACUAUAGUGAGAAUAUGGACAAGAUGACUGGCAAGUGUCCAUAUAUGACGCGCAAGGGAUACGUGGGCAUGGGUCCGGGCGAGGCAUGCCCGGGCGACUUGGUGGUGAUACUGUUCGGCUCUCGGAUCCCAUACGUCCUGAGACCGUCCGGAGACGGGACGAUGUACUGUUUCGUAGGGGAGGCAUAUUGUGAUGGAGUCAUGGACGGCGAGAUGUUGACUAAGCGGGAAAAGACGACGUUUCUGAUUGCUUGA